AUGACAUUUCCCUCACCAUACAGCAUCUACCAAGGGUUGCGGGGCGUCAACCCGACCACCCUCACGAAUGACAACGUCCCAGCCACCAGCCUAGUCGGAAAAUGGGUCAUAAUCACCGGGUCCAACAACGGCGUUGGCUUCGAGACUGCCAAGUCCUUUGCCGCAUGGGGUGCAAACAUAAUUCUGGCCUGUCGCGAUCCACCAGCGUGGGAGCGGCAUCCUGCCGCCGCCAUGCAAGAAAUCAAGGAUCUAGCCGAGGCAGAAGGUCACCAGUCUAUUAUCGAAUGGUGGAGUAUUGAUAUGGCGGAUCUUCAGACCGUCGAAGCCUUUGCCCAAAGAUGGCUACACUCGGAUCGCGCCCUGGAUAUUCUUUGUAAUAAUGCUGGCGUCGCGGCACCCCCUGCUGGACACUAUUGGACAAAGGAUGGGUUUCAGUUCGUUCACCAGGUCAACUUCCUGUCCCAUGUCUUGUUGACUCUCCGCCUGCUCCCGUCUAUAGCGCGUAGCGCGCAGCCACGUAUCGUCUGCACGACAUCUUGCAUUCAUCACAUCGGAGAGCUAGAUUUCGAGCACUUCAACUGUGGCUCAGGUAUGAUUGGCGAUCCUUAUUGGAACAACAAGCUCUGGUUCCAGAUGUGGGUCGCGGAAAUGCAGUCCCGAUUCCUCAAGCAUCCAGAAUACCUUCACAUCACGAUCAACGGGGUUCAUCCUGGCUUUGUUGCUUCUGGGAUCUGGGAUGUCUUGGAAAACGAUGGCAUCAUUGAUCGAGCUCUUAAAUUUCUUCUGCGAUAUCUAGCUAUUGACCCGAAGCAGGGGAGCUUUGCUAUCGUCAAUGCUGCUACCAACCCAAUUUUUGGGCCUAACCCGAAGACGCAGGGUGUUGGGUCAAGUGAGGGUCGAGGAGGUGGUAAGUAUAUCAAUCGAAUUUGGGAGGCCGUGCCAAAAGCAUGUUGUGAUGAUCCAGGGGCUAGGGCGAAGGUUUGGAAAAAGUUGGACGAGGAACUCCAGCUUCAAACUAAGGGUCUUCUAGUCGAAUUAGAUCUUCCGUAA